AUGGGCUGCUGCACGGGGCGCUGCACGCUGAUCUUCCUCUGCUCGCUGCAGCUGCUGGCAGCAUUAGAGAGACAGAUCUUUGACUUCCUUGGUUUCCAAUGGGCUCCUAUCCUUGGCAAUUUCCUACAAAUAAUAGUUGUCAUUUUGGGUUUGUUUGGAACCAUCCAGUUUAGGCCUCGAUAUAUAGUCGUGUACACGGUGUGGACUGCCCUGUGGGUCACCUGGAAUGUUUUCAUUAUCUGCUUCUAUUUGGAAGUAGGCGGACUUUCUAAGGAAACCGAUCUCAUGACCUUUAACAUCUCAAUGCACCGUUCUUGGUGGCGGGAACACGGGCCCGGCUGCAUACGAAGGGUGGUGCGUCCUUCUGCCCCUGGCAUCCUAGACGAUUACUCCUACGUCUCCGUGACAGGCUGCAUAAUUGAUUUCCAGUACCUAGAGGUCAUUCACAGCGCUAUCCAAAUACUUCUCUCCCUGAUUGGAUUUGUGUAUGCCUGUUACGUGAUCAGUAUUUUCAUGGAGGAGGAGGACAGCUGUAAGUACUGA